GGCAGUUGAUCGGCGAAACUUGUUUGAGAAGCACAAUUAAAGUAAUAAAAGUUGUCCGAAGUCAUAGUGAAUUUUUUCAAAAAUAAUUUUGUUUUUCAUCAUGUUCGGCCCCUCAAUAAGCACGACAGUAAUUUUUUUUUCAACAGCAAUAUCAGUUUUCUCAUACGAAAUUCCAACGCCGAAAUUCGAACGAUUACGACUUGGAGGGAUUCGAGUAUCCAUACGUGAUGAACCGGGUGUGCAAUUUUUCGCGUUGCACGCAAACGUCAAUAAACCGAUAGAGAUAGGCGACGCGGGCGCCAUCGUCGGUGAAGUGAUCAACCCGCGAAACAAUUGGUGGUCGUUCGAUGACAAUAAUGUUGCAUUGCGUAAAGGAGAUAUUUUGCACUAUUGGAUUUAUGUUCAAGUAAAUGGCUCAUCGCACAAGAGACUCGAUCUCGAAACCCUUGACGGUGAUGCAUCAGCGGGCGGAACGACCAACUGUGAAAAAAGCGUUACUAGUGUUCGCGGUAAAACAGAAAGCUGUCGAGAUCAUUUGAUAUUCGAAGAAAAUUUCGACGUUGACAUUGAUUCCGACGGGUAUCCGCCCAAGGGAAAAUCAUCUUUUUCACGGGAAAUAAUCAUUCCUUUAGAUCCGGAUUACGAAUUUUGCAUUUAUCGAGAAUUGCCUAACAGUUUAAAAUUUGAAAACGGGACAAUGUCGAUUGGUCCACUUAUUUUGGACGAGGUUUACGGUUACAAUACGACCUUUUACGGCCGCUUGGAUCUCUCGGAAUCUUGCACCGGGUCAGUGCCUUUAGAAUGUAAUCGACGUGCCAUUGGCUCCAGUAUUCUACCACCCAUAAUAUCAGCUCGGCUUACAACGAAAAAAUCCUUUCACUUUCGUUACGGAAAAAUCGAAAUACGAGCCAAGUUUCCUGCGGGUGAUUGGCUUUAUCCAGAACUUUGGUUACAGCCAAAGCAGCAAAUUCAUGGGACAGGAUAUUUGAGUGGCCGAGUGAUUUUGGGUUUGGUCCGAGGAAACGAGUAUUUAACGAAAAUUUCGGAAUCGGAAAAUACACAAUACGGUUCAACAUCGCUAGAGUUUGGUUUGCGAGUAGGACCGAGCGAAAAUGUACGCGAGCAAAAAGUCAUGAAGAAACGAUCAUCGGGUACGUGGAACGAGGAUUUUCAUGUCUACACAACGACUUGGAAUGAUGAGGGUUUUCGAUUUGAGGUCGAUGGCGAAGAAAUCGGAAGAAUCGAGCCAGGGCAAUGGUCAAAAUCUAAUCAUUACGAAGGACGUUCUGAGCCAACGAAUAACAGCAUGACUCCUUUCGACAACGAGUUUUACAUCACAGUCGGUUUGGGGAUCGGUGGAAUUCGUGUUUUUCCCGAUGAGAUUGUGAGCGGAAGGAAUGUAAAACCUUGGAGAAAUAUCGAGGCAAAGGCAAUGUUAAACUUUUGGCGGGCCAAGGACACAUGGAUGCCGAGCUGGGGAAUGAGAAACGAGGUCAGAGAUUCGCACUUUAAACUGGACUACAUACGAGUCUGGACAGUUUGAAGUUCGACAGUUAUAUUGAUCAGUUAAAAAGAGUGAUCGAUAAACGUUGUCUAUUAUCGUGUAUAUUGUGAAUUGUGGAAAGACGCGAGUGUUGGAUGGCUUUUGUGAAGUUUUAUUCAUUUUUAUAUUAACGUGCCACUUGGUAGAACCGGUUUUGAGAUCCUUCGAGUAGAAUGAGCUGCCUUAUGAUGAUUUAUCUCUUUCUCCUUUCAUUGUGUGUGUUUUUUUGUCUUCGUUUCGCGAAGGCUCCGCAGGAAUGAUGCGAGGACAAAGCUUAUAGACGUCGUUUUAUCCUCAUCAGGAAUCCCCGGCUGAAAUACUUCGGUCCUUUAUCCACAGAAAAAAGUUGUUCACGGGCGCGUUCACCUUGCUCCUCGAGACCUUGACCUUGUAAAUCCAAAUGCAACAUCCAACUCGAAAUUUCAUCCUCUUUCUCAACAUUUCGUUUUCCCUUUUCUCAGUACAGUAAACGCCAGUCUGUCCUCUAAGCUAAACGUCUGUCCUUCCUCGUUUUACAAUUUUCUUCUUAAAUCGCCUGUAACGAAAGUGAAUAUGUAUCAUAAACAAAAUAUUGAUAAUAAAUUAUUCGUCAUCAUUGUGUUAAUCGGAA